CAGUGGGAUUCGGCCCUGGGCUCGGCAGCCAGCUGGGAGCUCUGCAUCACAGCACUGCUUUCAGAGUGGGCUUUUCCUUCUUCCCAAGCUCUACAAAAUGGGUCUCAGCUCUUCCAAGACGCACCCCAGGGUUACCCAGGUGGCACCGAUGCUCAGCAGUGAGGAGGUGCUGGGGGAGCCCAGCCUGCACCCAACAGCCACAAUGGAGCACGGACAUCCCAUAACCCACGGGCAGCUCCCACCCCUCCGCCAGACUGGGUAUGGGAGAGCCUUCACAGGGCCCUUUGACUUCAGCACUGUGCUGGUUGGAGAGAACGGAGCCAGCAGCAGCAUCAUCAAGCUGCACCCACCUCGGCAACCACAGAAGCUUGAACCUGCUGGCACUCCAAGGGGGAUCACUGCUGCAAAGCCCCGGGGCCAGCAAGUGAUGGAUGGAGCCCCAAAAGCCAAGACUCUGGAGAAAAGGGGGCAGAGCCUGAGAGCCCUCCCUGGCAGACGGCAGCACUUGCACAAGAUGCAGAUGCUGGACUUGACCCGCCGGCGCCGAGAGGCAGAGCUGAAGCGGGAUCUCCACAGGGAGGCAAAAAUCAAUAAACAAAAAAUGGAGGAAUUGGACUCGGAGAUGGUCCUUGACACACUUCAGAGAGGCGACAGCACCAGGAGCCAAGACCUCAUCCCUGCUGAGCACAAUCUGCAUUUUGAUGGAAACAAUGGAAACAGAGGGGAUGGAGGAUUUGCAGGGCAGCAUGCCAGAGCUGGGCUUCCCCUGGGCAGCGGCAGCAGCAGCAAGGUUGGGCUGUGGUUCUGCAAGGAGCCACGCAGCAGGGAUUUGCUCUGGGACACUUCCAGCACUGACUCUGAGGACUGGGAGAGGGAGGAAAAGAAGCUUUACCGCAGACCUCCGCUGGUGAGAACCAGGACAGAGAGAGUUUCACUCUUUGAUAACUUCUUUGAUAAAGAGUUCUAGCAGCAUGGCUUGGGAUGUGCUGAAGGAGCAAGCCGUGAUCUCUGCUCUGGAUACACCCGUGGCAUAGACAUGAUGUUUGUGAUGUGCAGCAUUUCUGAACACAGAGAACAGCAGAGAGGAGCACUGGAAAUGAGGUGGCUUAUGUGUGGACAGAAGUGACAUGUCUGGGUAUGUGAAAGAAUAUCUGAGGGGAAAAGUGGUGUGGACCAAGCAACAACAACGUGGGGGCAGAGGGAGGAGGAGGAGGCUGGCAGAACCACCAAGCAGAAGCUGGAGAAUAUUCUGGGUUAACCCCCAUAUUAAGUUCCAACUGAAAUAAAGUGUUUUGCUUGCCUUAAGGUCACUUGGCCUUUCUGCUU